AUGGCUGACCAUACCCCUCCCAACGACACCUUCCCCCAUCCUCAAGGCCCAGGAUCACCAACCCACGUUGAUCCAGGCCUGCUCACCUUCGUCACACAUGCCGAUCCCAUCAUCAGCUUCGACAAUGACCUCCAGACGCAGCAAGCUGUACAUGAUCCAGAUGGGGUGUCGGCUGCCGGGGCCGGCGAAGGAGCAACUUUCGGUGCCACUCCUGCGGCCACGAUAGACGCCAAUCCCUUGGGUGACCGUCCAACAAAGGUUUUCAAUCGCUUUACAGCCAGCUCCGUCAGAGUACUCAGAAAUUGGAUCGCCGCCCAUGAGGAAUACCCCUACGCCUCACCGAAGGACCUCGAAAUGCUCCAGGACAAAACCGGUCUCACCAAGCUGCAGGUGACCAACUGGCUCGCCAACACCCGGCGACGUUCCAAACUCCGACCCUCUCAAUCUUCUUCACCCGUCGUCUCGUCCGAAACGACACACAGGGAAGGAGUGCCAAUCGAGAUUCCCUCGCGACGACCAACGCCGGUGCCUUUCGAACAGAUGAACAUUCUGCAGCGAUGGGAAAGCUCGCCACCGGAACACGAAGCGGCAGACAUGUCGGAUAUCUCCCGCGCCAUCGCCGCUGCUUCCCAGUCGCCUCGCAUGCCGUACUACUCACACGCGUCCGAUCAAUCUUCGGACAACGCGUCGUCAAUCAGCAGUGCUGGCCGAUCUCGUUCCAGCAGAGGAUCGGGCUCUCGAGCGUCAUCUCGAAAUUCCGCCAUCUCCUCUACAGCAAGGGUCAACCGUCGGCGUAGGCGAGCACCUGCGCGACGCCAACGAAACAGCAGGCCAAGUCUGAUCCGUGCAUGUCACAUGUAUCAGUGCACUUUCUGCAUCGAAACCUUCAAGCUCAAGUACGACUGGCAGCGCCACGAGAAGUCGCUUCACCUGUCACUCGAGGAAUGGAUCUGCUCACCAACUGGAGCCACCGCUGUCCACCCAGACACGAGCAUCGAACUUUGCGUAUACUGCGGAGCAGCCGACCCGGACGCGGCGCACGUCAAUCAGCACAACCACGCCGCUUGCCUCGAUAGAUCGCUCCCAGACCGGACCUACUACCGCAAAGACCACCUGCAGCAGCACCUCAAGCUGGUGCAUGGCUGCAAGUUCAUGAAGUGGCCGAUGGACCAAUGGAAAGUCUCAGGCCGAGAAAUACGGUCGCGAUGCGGGUUUUGCGAUGCCACCCUGACAUCCUGGGAUGCCCGUGUUGAUCACCUUGCAGCACACUUCAAGAGUGGAAACACCAUGGACGACUGGAAGGGGACUUGGGGGUUUGAUCCACAGGUCGUCGAAACGGUCGAAAACGCAAUGCCGCCAUACCUUAUCCACUACGAGCAGAAGUCGCCGCUCCCCAUAUCGUCCAUGACAGGACCUCCCGAUACACCAACCAGCGCGUACGAGCUCGUUAAGCUGGAACUGGAGCACUACAUGCGCAACUACCUCGACACUAACGGCAGCUUUCCCUCAGACCAAGAGCUCCAAUUUGAAGGUUGCUCCAUCAUCUUUGGUGCUGAAGUCUUGUCCCCCUUUUCGCUGCCAUCAUCGGCGUCGUGGUUGCGGGACGUCUUCAUGGCUUCCGAAACGUCCAAUGCGGCUCGACUUCUUCCCAUGCAACAAGUCGCCAAGUCACGAUUGACAAAGCUCACGAUCAACGGCAAGAGUAACAUCUUUGACAAUUGCGAACUUGAGCUUGAGAUGCAUCAGCGUAUCGUCAUGCAUGGAGCUCUCGGCCUCGUCUUGUCCGACUACACGCUGCAACAAGAGGCAUCUGAGAUUCUCGAAAGCGUCGAGACUUGCUCGCCCAAUCCCUCCAAGCUGUUCAAAGACUUCCUGAUGCGACUCGUCUGGGGAUCGAGCAAGUGGCUGGAGCCUCUUCGCCAGCGGGACCGGCAGCUCUCCACAGAUGAGCCGCGAGGCAUUCUUGCAUUUGCACACCAAAGAGACACCGGCCACACUCCUCUGGACCAAAAGCCCCCAGAAGUCUGGCCUGAGGUUUGGCCUCAGAAGGGCGCCGAACCCUUGUCGAGUUCAUUCUUGACGAGCACGCUGCUGAGCUCCGGCCAAUCUUUGCGCGGCGGUGACGGCAUGCCCUUCCUUUUGAACGACCAUAACAGCUAUAGCAGGCUGACGGCAGGCUUGACGCGGUUUGUGGUGAGUGCCAUGUCGCCGAACAACCCAAAGAGGCAUGUGCCUACGGACGAAGAGAUUCAGUACGAAGCCCGUUGGCUGUGGUACGACAGUGAUGACCCGUGGGACCAAACCCCUGCUGAUAACACCGAGUGGCUUCGCGAGUUUAAACGCGGCGUUGGGCUGCUACAACAGGAUAGUGUCGAAGCAUUAUAA